UAUUGGAAAAGAAUUUUGCCAUAGCAGACGAGAUGUAAAUUUUAAUUGGAAAUUUGGCAUUAUCCAGCCAAAUGUCGUCGGCAUUGGCUAAGUUUAGGAAAUCUAACAAAGAUGGGGACAUCAAAAAAGCCGCCCAGAAGGUUGCAGACCCAAAGAAAGACACCUUAACUAGGUUGAAACAUCUGCGGACAGUUCUGGACAACUAUGAGACAUCCGAGGCAAAGAAAUUUUUUGAGGACAAUUACUCACACAUCUAUUACAUUUUCUUUGAUAACUUUGUGAUAGUGGAGGCGGAUCUCAAGCAAAGAGCCAAUAAGUCACACAGAGAAGAACUGGACAAUAUAUUGCAUAUUUUUGAAAAAAUUCUACUGUUGCUACCUGAACUGGUUCAUAAAAGAUGGAUGUUUCACAGCAUUGGGCGGAUAAUGAAGAAAUUACUACACCCUGGAAAUGGACUCAAGCUGAGAAGGGAUGGAAUGCGAUUAUUUUUGAUCUGGUACCAGAUUUUGCAAGAUAAUGCUUCAGAGGAAUGUCACCAGAUUUUCCUGCAACUGGUUCCUGGCCUCGGAGAUGGUGAACAACAGGAUGUGCUUUGUGGUAGAACUGCUUCAACCCCUGAUAUAAGAGCUUCUAGUACAAGUUUGUCAGGUAUAUCCUAUGGCGGGAUAAUAGCAGCAGGGGAGAUUACUCCUAUACUGCCGGUGCCAGGGGAAAAACAGCCUGAUAAUAUUACAAAGUUCUUCUUUGAUGCCUUGCUUCAAUUUUUGGUGUCUGAGGUGAUAAAGAUAGAAUGGAUGAACAAGGAUAUGAGAGAAGUGUGUUUUGUCUUCCUUUUUAACAAGUUUAAGCGCUCUUACUUGAAUUGGCUUCUACCAGACUUUGACAGGAACAGAACCAUUUAUGAUCCUGUCCUGGAUUUGCCAUCUGUGAGAGCCCCAGCAGAUACCCUGACAACUGAUGAGCCAGAAAAUGUUUCUGAAUGCCGAGAUUCCUUCAUUAGGUGGCUAACAACAUUUACCAUUACUUCUAACAAAAAACCCGAAGGAGAAGUGUUAAAAGGUAUCUCAUGUUCAGCUCUAGCCGAGGGGGAUGAGGAUGAAGGUAAAGCCAAAAAGGACAUCUCUGAAACAAAAGAAGAGAACCAGGAUGUAGCUCCCGGAAGUAACACUAGCACCUUGUCAGCUAGUUCUCAGAUCACAGAGAAAGAUUCUCCCAACUCAAGUUUCUGCAACGAGGAACACAGCACAUCUGAGUACGAGAUUGUGAGAUCUGUUAUGUACUCCACACGAGAAAACAUCAAUAUUGUGCAUGAGAUUUUCAGACAGGCACUUCUGUUCUCAUUUAAACACGGAGGAGCCAUCCGUCGUGUCAUUGCAGUAUACAAAGACUGGUUUCAGAAUGAUAGCGAUAACAAGCCUGUGUUCAUGCUGGAACCCAGUGAUUUUGGUCUACCCCUGGGACUAUCCCCUGACUUCUCAAAAAGUCUCUCUGAUAUACUUGAAGAAGAUGGUUCAACUGAUUCUAUGGAAUCUGCACCAAACUCGAUACCGCUACAGCUGUCUCGUGACUCUGGGGACCUGAAAACCUGGCUGCGGAAUGCAUCAUACCUUGGGGCUAUCCAGGACCUGGCUGAUGGAGGGGACCUGACCCAGUACGAUGUUAGAGCUGGACAACAAAAAUUGAUACAGAUUUGUGUGACCAAUGCAGCAAACAUAUUCCUGCUGCAAGCUGACAGUGAUACAGCAGUACAAGAACAGGUUGAUCUAUGCAAGAGGGUGCUGAAUAUUUAUCGCCAGAUGGUCAUGAAAAUCAACAUGGAUCAGAAAACAUGGGAACAAAUGCUGCGAGUGUUGCUGUGUAUAACCUCAGGUGUACAGAGUCAGUAUCCACCAGAGAGCAACAGGGGUCUUGGUAGAAAACUUGCACAACCUAUCUUCCAGACUUUGAUAGUGACAUGGAUAAAAGCUAACCUGAAUGUAUAUAUCAACAUUGAACUGUGGGAUCAGUUUCUACAAGUGCUAUCUUCCCUUACCUCCUGGGCGGAGCUGAUCAAAGAGUGGGCGAAAACCAUAGAAACAUUAACUAGAGUGUUGGCAAAGCAAGUGUAUAACCUUGACUUACUGGAUCUACCCCUUGACAGACUCAGUGAACAAAAGGAGAAAAGAAGGCGGGGAAAAAGUCAUGAUGCCCCUCAAAAGACUAAACUGGAUGACCACAGUUUUUCUCGUGCUUGGAGUAAAAGUGAGAGUGUGGACCGACCAGUGAGUGGCAGCAUGUCACAUCCACUUGCAUUUGAACGAUCACAAAGCAAGUACAAAAGUGAUGGUGCUGGAGGGAGCAAAUCCAGACCUGACUUGGGCAAGCAGAAGUCACUGAGUGGCACGCCCUCACCCUGUCACUCCAGAUCCGCUUCAGCAUCUUCUGAUCUGGCUGUACUUGUACGUAGUAGUAGCGAGGGGAACCUAGCCGAUCCAGCUGAAAUAGCGGAGAGGUUGAAACAAGGAAUUAUGUCACGGAGCCUUGUGUCACCUGGAAAUAAGUCAAACUCAUCAAGAAGUUUGGCUACAGUGAUUGCCUCUGCAGUACGACCUGAUACUAACAGCAAGAUUGUUGGUGGAAGUAAUCGUGACGACCAGGAGGUGGCAUCAUUUGUAUCCCCAUCAGAGACCCCAUGCAGUGAGACAAGUUCCUCCGCCCAUGAUGCCACAGACAUCAGCACUGCUAGCAGUAUUAGCUCUGAAAGGUCCGAGGCAGAUAGAUCAGAUGCUGGCACAGUUGUUAGACGUUCCCGUUCUCCAUCCCCAACCUCAGUGCAAUAUAGGGCUGGUACCCGUACACCAUCACCAACACCCAGUAGUGAGCUGGGUGUCGACCUUCACUGCCACCAUAAAGAUAGCCCAACACCAGACAGAGACAGUCUGCAUAUAGAAAUGGUGGCCAGUAAUGUGGACCAACAAAAUAGAGGUUCACUGGAGGAGUUUAAGAGUGUGUUGGCUGGAGGGUCAUGCCAGGGCUGGUUGCCUGAUGUAUCUGUGAUAUUAUGGAAGAGAAUGCUUGGUGCUCUCGGAGAUGUGAACAAAAUAGAAGACCCAGCUAUCCACGCCUCAGUAUUUGAACAUCUCUGUGAUCUACAAGAAACUCUCAUUAGGAUGAGAGAGAAUCUUGGUGUGACACAAGACAAUCAGAGCUCUCCUCCACUGCCUGAGUUUAUUCCUCCACAAACUAUAUUCUCUAGUUGGUUAUUUGAGUGCCUUACACUGAGUAAUAAAUACAAGCGUGGUAAAUUGUUAGCGUAUCAGCUGUUGUGUCAGAUGAUGGUACGGCAUGCUGAUGUUACUAUACCACAGGAUCUGUUGGCACAGUUCUACCAAGUAUUACACCAGGGCUUGUCAUCACAAGAUCAGGAUGUGAAGAAUGUGUUGGUGAAGUUUAGCAGUGCUAGAAUAUUCUCCACUUCCCUGCCUGGCAACAGUCUUCUCAUUCUAGACUUUGUUAACGCCUGUGAAUCUAUUAUUAACUCCAUCGAUAUCAAAGAGACACCACGAGUUGAGAGUUUGACAAUUUUGGGAUCCCUUGUUUGUUUUCCUAACCAUUACAAGGACACACCUGUGCUUCAUGUUGACAUGGAGAGAUCUAAUAUUAAAACUGAUGUAUUUAAGGACCAUGUUGUGAAUUUGUUAUUGAAAGCAGGAAAGCGCGAGCCAGCUGGUCUGGCAAGAUGUAUAGCAGUGAGCAGUUUGGGUAUAUUCCUAUAUGAGGAGAUCACACAUGGUACACUACACUCCAAGUUUGUUGAAGCUGUAAAUGUCCUUCUAGGGGCUCUUGGGUGCAAAGAUAGAAGUGUUGCCAAGACAUCAUCAGAUAUGUUAGCCUUACUAUGUGACCAUGUUGACAAGUUCCUAGAUUUUCAUCCUGAUUUACCAACAAGAAUUGUAAAUGUGAUGUGUAGCACCAUCUGUAUGUUAAUACCAACCAACAAAAACCAGACCGUGUCGGAGGAAGAGAAGAGACCAAUUGUUUCUAUGAUACACUGUGUAGUGGAAUGGUGUCUGAAAAUCCCUAUUCACUCACUGCUUGAGACCUCAGAGUUUGACAAGGGGUGUUUACGUAAUGUGUUUGAAAUGUUGAAUGUAGCUGUAUGUGGCCACACAGCAACAUCAUAUGAAACUUCAAGCCGCUGUGUUGCCAGUCUGUGGCAGGAUACAGAGUUUGAGAACCUUCGUAAUGUUACCAUGACAACCUACAGGUCUGACUCAACCAGUAGUACAUCAAGUACUGAUAGAAGUAAACAGAGCUCUCAGGAUAAGAAACAGGACAGCGAUCCUGUAAAGCUUGCUGCCAGACUGAUGAUGAAUCACCUGGUGAAUUAUCUGUGUCAUUUUCCAAUGGGAGUUGGAGCAUCAAGACUGAGCAGCGCAGUGUCAGAGUUCCAGGAUAUGCCAGACAUCAGUUUAGAUGAUCUGAAGUCAGAAAUCUUUACUGCUCCUAAUGUGCAAUUCUUUGUCUUGAACCAGAGGACAUUGAUUUCCUUUAUCGAGUUACCUGCAUUGACUGGUCAACCAGGGGGUGGAGUUACAGCAGGAUUGACAACAGCCCACACUGUAUGUAGAGUAGUACUGAGAGAUUUGACAGGGAAAUAUUGCUGGGAGAGUUCUGUAUUGUAUGGCCCACCCUGGUGUCCUAAGGGAUCAUAUUUUGAAAAUGCUAAAGCACUGCAUGGUCUGAGUAAAGGAGUGGACACAGAACCACUAAUACAACAAGAGGAAGCGGAGCAGGUUAAAACUGUUGUUAAAAGACAACGAACAACAUCUGAGUUACCACUGUUUGAAAAUACAGCAGAACAGCAUGAUAAUUUGUUUGAUUUGCUAGGUUAUAUUGGAAACACUAGUCCAGAAUGUUUGCUGCAGCCUGGUGUACCUGUGAAUAUUGAAGGACCAAUACCUGAAGAUCUGAAUGAAAAUGCUGAAUCAGUGAUGAAAGAAAUGGUCUUAAACCAGAAAGAGGCAGAGCUAGAAUACUUCAAUAAACACAAGAAUGAUGCAAAACGUAUGGAUGAUAUUCACAUGCUGGCCAAGCCACAGAUGCCUACUGAGAUACAGGACCCAAUCUCUCCCUUCCAGAUGUGUCGAAUGCUGGUUAAUCAAAUGGGAUUUCUAUCCUGGGAAAAAAGAUGUCAGUUUGAUUUACUGAAGAAGACAGAUAAACUGCUGAGAGAACUGAAGAACAUGGAUCUUCAAAAGUGUCGAGAGACUCACAAGUUUGCUGUGAUAUAUGUAGCAGAGGGUCAGGAGGACAAAAUCUCCAUACUGUCUAACCCUGGAAGUAGUUCAGCUUUUGAACAUUUUGUGGCUGGACUAGGAUGGGAGGUUGAUCUGGAGGUGCAUAAAGGAUUUCUUGGUGGGCUCCAGCAGAACAAAACUACAGGAGACACAGCCCCUUACUAUGCCACCUCAACAUGUGAGAUUGUGUACCAUGUUUCUACAAGAAUACCAAUUGGCAGUGAGGAAUCCAGACAUAUCAAGAUGCGACAUCUUGGUAAUGAUGAAGUUCAUAUAGUGUGGUCGGAACAUACCCGAGAUUACCGUAGGGGCAUUAUACCUACAGAGUUUGGAGAUGUACUCAUUAUAAUAUACCCACAACCUUCUGGUCUUUAUAGGAUACAUAUAGAUAGAAAACCAGAGGUACCAUUGUUUGGUCCUCUAUUUAAUGGUGCAAUAGUGGACUAUAAGGUCCUGCCUGGUCUAGUCAGAGCGACAGCUGUCAAUGCCAGCCGUGUGAUACGAGCACAAAAACCAUUCUAUCACACAUAUUUUGAAGAGCGUGCCAAAUGUCUUGACUCAGUGAUGCAAAAUCACGUAGAUAAAACUAUAUUUGAAAAUUUUGCAGCCGAUGUGUUUGCACCUGUUCUACCUCCAAACUCCACAAUUGUAGAGUCCCCAUCAGACUCGUCUAUAAAUAUGCCAUCAUCGGCAUCACAAACUGACAUUGCAGCAAACAACAAUAACAGCAAGACGAGUGUUGUAGACACACAAGUGUCACCAACACCCUCUAGACAAAGUAGAGGGAUGACAGAUGGUGCCGAGAAAUCAGCCAAUCAUGAAGAAUCCACAUUCAGAAGGACUGCAAGACGGUUGUCUCUGAAGAGUCGCAAACAUUCAGGGAGUCGCGUCUCACAUGUCAGCUCUCCCCCCUCAAGCCCAAAGUUUUCCUGACACAAGCUGAACCUUAGAUUCUUUAUCAUUUAUGUGUAUGAUAUUAUUUAAGCACUGUCAACAUUUAUCUGCAAAUGAUUCAUCAUAAAUGUGGGUGAUUUAUGCAUUCAUAAAAAUAGACUCUGAUCAUAACUUUUCAUCUAGCAUAUUCAAGCAUUAGAACUGUAUCAUAUUAAUACCUCAUAAUCAUUAUUAAAUUUUUAGAUUAUUUAGAAUGUUUUAAUGAGAUUAGGAAAAAAAAGUGUGUCUUCAAAUUUACUAUGUACACAGUCGUGUAUCGUACAUUGACACUUACUGGUAAUGUGACCGGCUCACUGUUUUUAAGGGGGAAAAAUUUUUUCUCAAUUUUUUAAAAAUUUAAUUCUGUGAGAUUGAAGUUUGAUAUAAACAUAUGGACAAGUGAACAUUUUGAAUUGAUGGAAGUAGUAAAGUAUCAAGUUUCAUUUUAGAAUGCUGAAUUUUCCCGUUUCUUUGUCAUUGUUCAGUGUGCCUUCUCAAAUUAAUGGCAGCUCAGCAAAAUUUUCCCUGUCCCAGUCUAAGCAAAGUUUAUGAAUAUGAACUCUGGUUAACCUUUUGAAAUAAUGACUAAAUGUUAGCAUUCUAUACUAAUCACACAGUGUAUAAAUAAAGAGUUUCAGUUUUUUUAUCCUGUUAAAUAGUGGCAUUAGAAUGAUUGGAAAUGAAACUUCUUUUUACUAAAGAAACAAAGUUUACAUAACUCAAAUUCAGGAUUUGGAUGAUGUCUCAUGUUGUAAUGUAAAAUGCGUGCUUUGUUUCAGAUGUUGUAAACUUGAGAACUUCUUGAACUGUUUUACUAAUAAAUUAGUGAGAUAAGUAUUAAGAAUUUGUAUAUAAUAGAGCAUUUAAAAUUUCUGCUGCAGAGGCUGCAAUAAUGGCUUUUUCCUGAUGGUGAAAACUUUUAAAACUUGUUUGGUACUGAUGGAAUGUGAAAACAUUGUUUUGCAAAGAGCUUUUUAGUCAAAAGAGAUGUCUGGAAAGUUCGGGUUAAAAUUAGCAUCUUUUUUUUUCAGUUGUGUACACAUUUCCUAGGACUGCUGCUGUGUUAUGUUGGAAUGCCCCAAAAAUGUUGCUGGGGAAAAUUUCAUUGUUGUAUAAAAGGCUUUACUUUGUAAAUGAUUGUUUAAGAAUACAGAUUUUUAGACUUGAUUGAAGUGUGGACUAUAAUUCUAAUGUAACAUAGUUUUAUCAAAUUUUACAUUGUGUUUUAUAAGCAGUUUUAUAUAUAGUUGUUUAUACUAUUAUGUAAAAGUUCCAAGUGCUUUGAAGAAUUAAAAAAAAAACUGUUAAAUGAUUAUCGCCUUAAAAAAUAAUCAAAAUUAUCUGCAAGAUGGUGGGUGAAACUUUUUGAUGAGCAGGUGCCAGGUAUUAUGCCUCGUAAAAAUUAGAAGCAUGAAUUAUAUUGAGUGUUUCUAAAGAAACUGUUGGUUGUUUAAGUAUUAAGCAUAUAACUUUGCAGGUAUGAUAAUGAAAUGAACAGAACUGUUACAGGAUAAGACACUUCUGUCUGUUGUGAAAUAUUGUUGCUUAGAUUGCUAUACUCCGAAAGUUUGAGUUCCACCCAGAACUGACCUGCUGGAUAAUGACAAAGUUUUAUUUCUGUAUGGAUUUGAACACAUGCAUCUUUUUCUUGCAUGUAGGUAAACAUUAACUGUAUCAGAUCAUUAGAUCUUUUGAGAAAUACUGACAAAUAAGUGCUAAAUAUUCAGUAAUUAGAGUGGUGGAACAAAUGCUUGGCAUAGUCCAAUACCUGGUGUAAAUCUGGAAAUUAAUUAUCCUGAAAUAUAAUCAAAGAUCCAAAGAGUUAUGCUUGAAAUAUUAGAAGACAAUGGGUCUAAUAUUACCUGAUCUUUGUAAUAAGUAUAUAACAGGUCAUUUAUCUGAGGCAAGUUUCACUUUUGCUUUAGCUUCAUCUUACCUCAUAUAUGAAAAACAGUUUGUGUUUGAAAGUACAUCGUUAUCUUUAAUUAGUAAUGCUGUGACUGCCCCUCUGGACAUUUUUUUAUAAUUAAAAGUGAAAGUAUUGAAAGGAAAUAGUAUUUAUAUCAUCAUGUAAUUAUACCGAGCAUUAGUUCCAUUGCUCUAGUGUACGAGAUGUUAUUUUAUUAAUGGUACAUGUAUUGAGUGUUACAGCUGGCAAUCAUAUAUUAUACUAUUUGGUGUGCAUAUUUAUGUCUUUAUGACGUUUUACUAUAUCUACAAUAUUUGUAUAUUUUGCUCAUUCUUUUUAAAAAUGGCACAAAAUGGUCCAAGUCCAAUGUAUGAAUCUGUAUUUUAGAAUAUAGAGAACAUACACAGGUCUCUUUUAAAUUGAUACAUCUGUAGGACAGAGCUUAUCAAGCAGGGUCCGGUUGUUCGAAACUUUAAUCGGCUGUUAAACUAACCGCUGGUUAAAUUUUGAUUCAAAAUACUAGACUUGAUGGGAAACACUAGUAUGAUGUUUUGAUUUCAUUGUAAAGACUUUUCAGUGUUCAUAAUUCUUACCUUAUACAUUUGUUUUUCUAAGUCUUCUGAAAUGUCGCAAAAUAACACUAAAAGCUAAUCAACCGUUAGCUUAAUCGCCUGUUAAAGUUUCGAACAACUCGGCCCAGGUCUUACUUCAUGUUUUCAUUGACAGCCAUUUUGAAAUGUUAAUUUCUAAUACUGAAUAUAUGUCUAGAUGUAUACCAUUUGAAAUAGGUUUACAAACUUGCAUACUGUAAAACCAUUCACAUUCAUCAAAGGCUUGGUUUUCACAGGAGCAGCAAUCCACAAAAUAAAAUUGAAUUUAUAUCUCUGAUAAGAACCAGAUAUAUCCAGUCAUUUUUGAGUUAUGGCCUUUGAAUUAGUACGUAAAAUAUCAAACAUUGUCCUUUUAAUAAAUUAAGCAGUCACCAAAAUUAGAAUGUUUAGACAUACUAUCUUGGCCAAGAUUGACAACCAGCUGGAUAAUCUUUGUUGCUUGUUGCUCUUAUUGACCUUUAACUAGCCAAGUUUGAGAAAAUGGACCACCAGUUUGCUCACAAAUUUUUUUUAAGUCAAAAGUUGAGAAUGUGCAGCUUCUUACAAGAAUAAUCAUUUAUGAAACUGGUUUGUUGAGUAAAAUUGAAUGUGUAUUUUUAAGCAAACUUGAUAUAUAUAUUAUUGCGGCAAGUAUAGAAUGACUGUGUACUUAAAAAAUGGCUGGUUGGACUUGCAAGUUUGCAACCCACUUAAGCAUUCUGUGUUGGAAAGUAUAAAUUCAAUUUUGUAAUGCAAGUACUUGUGUGGACAAAUAAUGUUAAAUCCAGUUCACAAGACAUUGUAUAAACAGUUACUGUUUGGAAUGUGUUUAAGUCAUGUAAGGAUAACCUUGUUAAGUAAUCUUUUGUGCCAUACAAAAGGUUUGUUUUAUGAUUCAUGUACCUCAGUUGUUAUUUUGAAUGUGCAAUAUAUUAUUUAUUUUUCGUAGAUUGUGUUCAUUAUUAGCUCUUUUUGCAUCAUGGAUUCCCUUAUUAUCAUUAUAGUUUAUCUUAUCAUAGUUUAACAUUAUUUUUAUCCAACUUUCAUCCGACUGUAACUCAUUUGAGCCGUUUUCUCCUGACACAAUUACUGUCAAGUUUUUGCAGGCAACACACGAGCUUUCAUUUCUUGUUCAGUUUCGUAUGGAAACUUAUACACUCUCUAUUAAGAAAUUUUAUUACAUUGUUGGAACCUACACAAAUUGAGUUAGUAUUAAGUUGGAGACAUCAUUUGUGUAUCUUUACAUAACUACAUUAGUGGUGUGCUCUUUGCCAUUUUUCUGCAACAAGAUCUCUAAAUGUAGUCAAAACCUCACUGUUUGGUCAUGCUUGCACUGUAGAACUUUGGUUGAAUCUGUUAAUGAUUUUGUUGAAAGCCAACAAGAAGACAGUGCUUCAGAAAAUACUGGGUUUUUGUUGAUUUUUUUACAACAAAAUCAGAUUGUGGUCAUUAUUCUAGCCUUGAUAUUUAGUUACUAAAAAUCAUCUGGGGUGCCAAAAUGUGCUUGUAAGGAAACUAUUUAAACGGACACUAUGAAGUAAAGUGAAAAAUAAAGAAAAACUGAGAAAAAAACAUUGCAUUGCUUAGAUACUGUCUGUUAUCUUCGCUUUUUUCUAUAAUAUUAGAAAAACAAAGAUACCAUGGUUCUGAAAACCAUUCUUGAAAAUACCUUAUCUGAUUGGUUGUAAUCUUAACCAAUGGAAAAUAGCAUUAAGAGGCUGGUCUCUGAACAUAGUUUUGUUUUAUUUGAGCCAGCAUUAAUUAGCCCUUAAAAUCAUUAUAUUAGGUAAUUCAGCUGUUAUUUUAGAGGAAACGUACUGCUAAUAUCGGCAGUCUCUAUAAACUUACUCUGUAUAUUAUUAUGCUGACAAUUCAUUGAGAGUUUUUAGCUCCACAGAGCAUGAAGUGCUCAAGGUGAGCUAUUGUGACCAGUCAUUGUCUGGCGUGUGCGUCGUCCGUCAACAUUUGCCUUGUUAACACUCUAGAUGCCACAUUUGUGACCCAAUCUUUAUGAAACUUGGUCAGAAUGUUUGUCUUGAUGAUCUCUAGGUCGAGUUUGAAACUGGGUCAUGUGGGGUCAAAAACUAGGUCAGUAGGCCCGAUCAAAGGAAAAUCUUGUUACCACUUGAGUCCACAGUUUAAGUUUGAAACUCAUGAGAAUUGGUCAGAAUGUUUGUCUUCAUGGGUCAAAAACUAGGUCAGUAGGCCAGAUCAACUCUGGUGAGCGAUAUAGGGCCAUCAUGGCCCGCUUGUUUCAUUUGACUGAUUGUACAAAUUUCACAUUUUCGACAUCUUUACAUUAUACCAUAGUAGCAUUGAAUCAAAAGAAUCAUAUCUUUUAAUCUAUGCAUGUUUAUUUUUAACUUACUAAAUGCACUUGUUGAAUAUGAAUGCCUCAUAUGACAUCAGUUAGUAAAACUGAUUUGGAGUAAAGCCACUCUCUCCUUCAUGCCUAUCAUUUGCAUUGCCUAUAUUUCAAGUCAUUGAUGAUUCAAGAUGAAGAGAUUUCUUUCUUCAGUCAGAACUAAAGCUGAUUACAAACUUGCAUUUUUUGAAAUAUUUGUACUUCAAUUUUCAGAAAGCUGAGAAUACAGUUGGUACUUAAUGUCACAUAUUUAAAAAAGCUGACAGUAUUAUUUGGUAGUAAAUUUAAUACAUUUCCCUGUUACAGCUGACAAACCUUACUAUAUGGAAGUGUUUGAGUAGCAAGGAUACUUCAGAAAUGCCAAAACGAUGAAAAAUUGUGCAUGUUAAUAUCGAUGGUGAAGCUUUUUAUUCAUUGUCAGAGAACAUACUGUAUUUUAAUGUCUUAAAAAUAUGUUCUUAAUACAAAGUUUGUUGCUAUGGCAGCAUAAAUUUUCUAACAACCCUUAAUUUUGGAAAGGCAGGAGAAUGUUUUAAAUGAAACUAUUUUGUGUAAUUAGCUGUCCAAUUCAGAUCAUUUUGCAUGUUGCGCUUUUGAUAAAACAUUUAAAUCUAAGUAAAACAAAAAGAUGCAUGUAAUGUUGGGGCUGACUUUUCUUGAAAGCUUAUGACAGUUUAUGACAGUUUUAUUGUUUAUAGAUGAUGUCCAUGACAUCAUAAACAUUGAAGGAGACGGUAUAAUAAUUAAAUAUCAAAGACUUGUUCUUGAAAUUUCAAGGAAAUCUUCCCGAAAGUUCAUUUGGGGAAACCAAAUUUUCUGUCGGCUUAGAAUAUUUGGUAAAGUUUACUUUUCCUUAGCAUUCGGACUACUAAGUUUUAUAGGUUUGUUAAUGUUUUUCUUAAAAUUAUGAUAUAAUUAACAUUUAUUCUUGUGGAAGGUUUUAGUGGAAUACUUGUAUUAAUUCAGACAGUAGUCAAGCGCAUCUUUGUUCCCAGGCUCUACACUUUGAGAAGACUAAGAAAUGACUAAUAGUACAGGUUGAGAAUGGUUCUGCUGUACUGAAAUACAUAGUGUGCAAAAUCUGUGCAAAUGAACAAAUGUUUCCAAGUAGGUAGUGCAGGUUCAUGUUCUAAGACUUAACCUUUACUGACAAGUUUUUAUUGAAUGACUUGGCAGAAAUAUUGACAGAUACAGAAUUGUCAUUUUGGCAGUUUUCAUUAAUUAUAGUCAUUACAUUGUACUUGAAAGUAUUAAAUGGGAUACUUUUGCGCACAUAUAUAACACCAAAUGUGGGCCCAUUUUCAAGAUCAAGUAGUAGUAUUUACUGUCCUCGGAUUUUCUUAAGCACCUCGCAUCACCUAUGGUAUCACAGAUAUGAAGUAUUUUGUAUGAAACUAGAGAAAUACUGUUUCUGAUAUGUACUACAAUUUGUAGGUAUAGAAGUAGCAUGCAUGUUCUACAACAAAACUGUUUUUUCAAGUGCUAAAUAUAUUCAUAGUUGAAAUUGUCAGGAACAAAGAUUUUAAAGGAUGUAUUAAAUUUAUUCAAUAAUAAAACAGUGGAAAAUGAAAA